AUGGACACACGCCUUGCAGCACUGAUCCUGGCUCUGCUGGGCCUUUUCGGGCCCAGCGAGUGCAAGUACCGGCAGAAGAGGAUCGUCGGUGGCGUGACGGUUCCCACACCACCGGUGGACGACCCUCUGGUGUUUGUCAGGAAGGGCGACCUCGAGGCUCGCGUCUUCGGCACCCGCGACCCCAAAACCGGCUACUAUUUGUUCCGCGGUAUCAGGUACGCCGAGCCACCGGUCGGCAAUCGACGCUUCCAGCGUUCGGUGCCCCUGUACUUGGAAAACGAGGUGAACGCGACCGAGUGGGGCCCACCGUGUCCACAGCCAGGCGCCAACGGCGGAGUGAUCGGUAGCGAGGACUGUCUCUUUCUGAACGUCUUCACGCCCGCGCUGCCCGACGCCACCGACGGCUACCCCGUGCUCGUGUGGAUCCACGGCGGCAACUUUCGCCGCGGCGCGGCCACCCAGUACGAGAUGCGCAACCUCGUCGAGAAAAAGACCAUCGUCGUCUCCAUCCAAUACAGACUGGGAUCGCUAGGAUUCUUGAGCACCGGUACGAAGGACCUGUCGGGCAACAAUGGCCUGUUCGACCAGAUACUGGCCGUCGAGUGGGUCAGGGACUACAUCGAGUUCUUCGGGGGCAACCCCAAGAGGAUCACAGCCAUGGGCCAGGGUAGCGGCGCCAGUUCGGCUUUCAUGCUCGGCCUCUCGAAAUUCGGAAACACUUACUUUAGCGGCAUCGUCGCCAUGUCCGGCUCGCUCCUGUCGCACUUUGCGAUCGACAGGGAACCGAGAAAAUCGGCGGACGCCAUGGCUACCGAGCACAAGUGUCCCGUGAACGACACCGUACGCAUGGUGCGCUGCCUACGAGCCCUGCCCUUCGAGAAACUCGUCGACCAGGACACCAAGCAGGAGGGCUUCCUCAAAAAAGCCAAGAACUUUAUUACCGAUCUCUCGUCGCUCCUCAACCCAGGCCCCGUCGUCGAGGGAAAAAACGAUUUCCGGUAUCUGCCGAAUUUCGUGACCGACGAGCCGGAGAACUCGCUGAGCUUGGACGAUUUGCCGGAGGUGCCGCUGCUCACCGGUGUGAUGAAGGACGAGACCGGUGGGGCGGUGUACGGCCCCUUCCGGGACGUGAUAAGCAGGACCCUCGAGGCGCUGCCGGAUUUCAUAACGAAGGAGCUAGUCCCGAGUCUGCAGAAAAUCGUGCCGACGAUCGGCGGGGUGACGAGGCAGUUUGUACCCGAGGCGUUUGGCAAGUACCUCGAUCCGUUCGUCGGGGGCCCCGAGAGGGGCAACGGAGUCACCGACGGCAUCCUCAAGGUCACGGAGGCCCUCAACGACGCGAUAUUCAACGUGCCGGCUUUCCUCACGGUCAAGAACUGGUCCAAGAAGACCAAGGCCUUCCUCUACAGCUUCGACCACCACAGCACCAAGGGCUUCGGCAACGACUUUUUACAAGGGCUGCCGAUCGUCGCCGAUUCCUCCCAAACCGGUAUGACGGGCCACGGGGACGACUUGGGCUACGUGUUCGAGCCGAACGGCAUAGACGGCAAGGCCAUGCCGGGGAAGAAGUUUGACGAGGAGGACGAGCGGGUCAUGGAUGUCUACACCGAUAUGAUCGUCAACUUCGCCAGGAGCGGAGACGUCAAGGUCAGUGGGAAAAAUCGGGACGGUGGUUCGCAGCUGUUCUCCCUGCCGGCUCUCACGGGAUCGGACGACGAUGGCUUCUUGAGCAUUUCGUCGCAACCGAAAGUGGAAAACAAAUUCAGGUUCUGCGAAAUGGGCCUGUGGACCGGUCUGGAGGAGAGAUUCAAGUCGGCGGCGUGUAGCCUCUUCUUCGUGGACAUCCCGAACCCGCUGCAGACGUUCCAAAAGUCCGUGUCGGCCGUAUCCAACGGCAUCCCGUCGUUCCCCAAGGUUGGCUCCGUUGCCGAUUUCUUCAACCCAAACUCGUCCCUGGCCAGCGCUCCUCCGUUCCAGGUUCCCCUCGAGAUUCCGAAAUUGCCCACCGUCAUCCCGCAGAGCAACACUGCAGGCCUGCCGCAAAUUCCAUUCUUCAAUCGGCCGUCGUCCGCCAGACCCACUCGGAGACCUACCUCGCCGAGGAGGCCCCUCUUUUCGACGAGAUCGCCCAGCUUACUGAGGAACCCCCUCUCGAUCGGCUGA